CCCUCCUCUGCAACUUGCGCUGUGACCGACCACACCUUCUCCCUCUCUGACACACUUGCCACACGUAGUACUUUAAGCCUUAUUGCGUGGGUGGGAAAGCAGCCCCGACACCACCAUGGAUGCGACCAAAUUCGUUCUCGAGACCAGGCUCGAGCUGCUCGACUACGCCAAUGACUACAGCGCAUACGCCUCGCGGUUGACUACGCGGCUGAGGAGCACCAAGAAGAGGCUGUGCAUCCAGGACAAGAAUCCGGCCAAGAACCACUCCAACUUUGAGGUGGCUCCCUCGCAGCUGGCGCAAAACCAUGAGUUUAUUCAAGUGCCUCUCCUUACUGCCGAACGAUGCUGGGCCAAGUCGAUGGCAUGGCGGUCACGGGACGACAUCAAUAGCGAGACCAGGUCGCAGGUCAUCUCGAAACUGGUCCAGGCCACCAAGAUUGUCGAGAAGCUGGUCGCCACAUUGACCGACAAGGAGAGCGGUGCGAACUCGGCCGAUGUCCUGAGCGCUUGGGCAUAUGCGGCAGUCCUCAAGGGCGACUCUUCUUUCCGCGGCAAGAAAUGGCAGCAGUGUCUCGAGAGCUACUCCAUUGCCAAGAUCAUCUACACGGCUCUCCCCACGGCCGCCCUAGAAGGCAAUACUUUCAAGGACUACGUUUCGGACUCGGUCGACACACCUCUGCGUUUCGCACAGCGUCAACUUGACAUACCGACAACACUCUCCAUACUUGCUUUGGCCAAGAAGCACUUCCCACAAUCCGACGAUGCUCUGGUGUCGAGAGUCGACGAUGUUGCGCCCACUUUCUUGAAGGAAGAUGAGGAUACGACGAUGACCGAUGGCGGCGCGCUGAGGUUUACCACGUGGAGAGGAAGGAAGGUCCCUGUGGAAGACGCCGAGAUCGCACUGAAGCUCGAGGCUCUCGAGGGCGCGACUGCAGAGCUGUCUCAAAAACUGGGCGCCUCUUCGGAUUUGCGGCCGAACAGCAAGGCUGAAGCUUACGAUGCCGUUCUCGAAAUCAGCAACGAUGCGGUGGACGCUACGCAACAGGCAAUUGACGAACUCAAGGAGCAGGGUGUUGCGCAGGGCGACUCGCGCAUGCAGAACCUGGCCAUCCUGCGCACGAAGCUCAAGUACGACCUGCUGAGCUGGCAGAUAGGUCGCAACAGGGUUUUGAUGGGCGAAAGGGACGGUGCCGUACUGGGCGACGGCCCUAGUCUCAAGAGCAAGAAGAAGCUACCAGAGGUGGACCAGCCCUUGAUCAAGGAUAGCCAACAGGUCAAGCAGCAGGAAAAGAAGGUCAAUUUGUAUGACAAAACCCUGCAGAGCCUGGAAGUCGCAAACGAGCUACCAGGAGUUGCAGCAGACGAGCAUCUCGCAGCGGAGAUUGAUGCUGUGACUAAGUAUUUCACAGCUUUGAACCAUUUGCUCACCAAUGGCGUGUCACUGACGAAUCUCUUCGCCAGGUCCCUAGCCAUUGCUCGUUCCCACUCGCUGGUCGGCAAUGCAGCCAAUGCCCUGGCCUUGACCAAGCAUGCCCACGACCAGUGCGAGGCUGCCAUGCCAGUUCUCGCCAAACACAACGGAGGCCAAGAUGAAGGACUCAAGACUGUCGAGGUCGCCCAGAGCGAGGCUGCGUUUCUUCAUAGUCUCCUGAAGGGCGAGCUGCAGCGCACCCGGGCGCUUGUGGAGAUCUCAAACCUGCGCAAGCAGGCUGGCAAGGGCGAUCUCCAUGCGGCAAGACGACCUCUCAUCGAGAGAUUAGCGCAAUACCCCUCUGAAGGCGUCGAUCUCGAGAAUGUGGUCACCUACCCACCAAAGCUGGAGCCAAUUCCUGUGAAACCCUUGUUUCUGGACGUCGCCUGGAACUACGUCCAAUAUCCCACGACACAGACAGAGAAGGCCAAGGCGCCCCAAAACAAGACUAACGUGCAGUCUGACUCUGAGAAGCAGCCUGCUAAGAAGGGAUGGUUCGGAUUUGGACGGAGUUAA